CCCCACAGCAACGAAAAUAUUCACAGACCCAAUAAGUCCGCAUUUUAGACAAAAUCACAUUACAUGUCACGUGAUCAUAACAAAAUGGCGAAUUCGUACAGUUCAGUGCAUCCACAACGUCAAUUCUUAAACGAAAAAAAUCCGGAUAUUGACACGUAUGGUUUAAUCGGGGUAAUUGAUGACAAUUUUUACGGUCAACCGGCUGCGGAUAUUUAUUCAGACAAACAAUUACGUACGGGUGAAUUCGAAAUUGGUGGGGUAAAAUGUGAUGACGAAGAUGGUGGGCUUUCAGAAUUUGACGCCGUGAGCGUUAUAACGAAAAAUAAACAUGUUGCACCACGACUGGUAUUUUUGGGAUCGGAUGAACAUUUAAAUUCGAGUAACUAUGGUUAUGCAGCUGAUUCUGACUAUAGUGACAGGAAUAGAACCUUAAGUGACAACACUCGCGUACCUGAUUUAUUAAAAUCUCAAAAUGGUGGUGCACCUGUUAGUCGGACAGUAAGAACUCAUUCGAGAAAUUCACACACUUCUCACGUGUCGUCGGAUUCGGAUCUACUUGCAGAACUUGACGAACAUUUUGCAGAAAACGAAAUGAAUCGGAUUCAGUUAUUGUCUUCCAAUUUGGAAGUUGGUGAAGACGCGUCUUCCGACAAUGGGUGGCAUUGUCACGAUGGCACCAUAAAAAAUCCGCUAGACAAGACAGCAAGGAAUCAACUGAUCGCUGUGUCAAUAUUGUGUAUUUUGUUUAUGAUCGGUGAAACUAUAGGUGGUAUUCUUUCCAACAGCCUGGCAUUGUUCACCGAUGUUCUUCAUUUAGGCAGUGACCUGUUCAGCUUCCUGAUAAGCCUGUUUGCCAUGUACUGGGCAAGAAAACCUGCCACUAAAAACAUGUCCUUUGGAUAUCAUAGGGCUGAGGUCCUUGGUGCUCUAGUUAGCGUUUUUUUCAUCUGGUCAGUCACGGGUGUCCUGGUAUACGUGGCAGUGGAGCGUAUUCAGCACAAACACUAUAUGGACGUGAAAGCUAAUGAGAUGUUGAUAACUGCUGUCCUGGGCGUCAUCUUCAAUGUCGUGAUGGGCGUGGUUUUACACUCGGAGAUUUGCUGCAAAAGCAGGGGUGGUCACUCCGGUUUCGGUCAUGGUCAUUCACACGGCGGAUCUCACAGCCACCACUCUCAUGGUCACGCACAUUCUGAAAACUCGAGUACGGGUUAUCUCCCAUUGGCAGAAGAAAGUGACCCAUGUCUUGGUUCCCAGGAUGAGGAAAUCGCCAUAGAAACAGAACCAGAACCAAAGAAGUCUCAUCCCAAGAAUAUUAACGUUAGAGCAGCGUUUAUUCACGUGAUAGGGGACAUAAUCCAGAGUCUGGGAGUGUUGCUGGCGGCCAUUAUAAUAAAACUGAAGCCUGAAGACCAAUACAAGUUGGCUGACCCAAUAUGUACGUUCUUGUUUUCAAUACUGGUGCUACUUACAACCGUAAAUGUUCUUCGAGAUACAGUCAGGAUCAUCAUGGAAGGUGUGCCUCGGGACACAAACUAUUUCGAUAUCAAGACCAACCUGUACAAGAUAAAAGAUGUGAAAGCAGUCCAUGGACUGACAGUGUGGUGCCUCACCUUAGAGAAAAAUGCUCUUGCCGUGCAUCUGUCUGUUGACCCAGCCAGUGACCACCAGCGUGUUCUCUCCGAGGCCACAGAUAUGCUGCACAAACGCUACAGCUUCCUCCACACAACCAUCCAAGUGGAGGACCACAACCCCAAACUGGUGGCAAAAUGCAAGGACUGCACUGAGCUGAAAAAGUAGUUCCAGAAAAAGUAGUUAUGAGAAAAAGUUGUUCCCAGAAUAAGAAUUUACAGAGAAAAAUGUAUCAAAAAGAUUGUUCAAUGUAGUUUGGUCAUUGCCCAAGGCUGAAAAAGUAGGUCCAAAAAAAUUAGUUCUGAAAAUUAGUUGCUCCAGGAAUAAGAAUUUUCAGAGAAAAUAGUUUCAAAAAGAUUGUUCCAGUUAGUUUAUGGGAGUGUUAAAAUGGAAUAUUCUUGAGAAGAUGAAUUUAAAUAAACAUCCUAUUGGAGGACAACAAACCCAAACUGGUGGCAAAAUACUUAGAUUGCCCUGGGCUGAAAAAGAAGUUUCAGAAAAAAGCAGGUCCGUAAAAAUAGAAGUUCCUUGAGGUGUUCAAGUUGGUAUAAAAGAGGUGACGUCAUGCCCACCUGCAAAGUUUAGACUCCACCCACUGGUCGGCAAAUGGUAUGGUGGUGGUAUUCAUGUAAGCACGUAUAGAAAAGCUGACAUUAUGUUUGUUUAUUUUCCCUAUAAUUAUAAAAAUUAUAUUUUAUUUUACUAUAUGUAUGAGACGAAAAGCUUUUAUAAACAAUUAUAUUGUUGUUAUUACUUGUUUUUAUUGAUAAUUAACAAGGUAUUGAAUACAUGCAGUGUAUUUUGUGUUUACCACAUAAAUCUCUCUAAUUGACACACCCCAGCAAUCAAUUUUUUUAGAUGAAAUAAACACAUCAGAAAACAAACGUGGUUCACAGUAAAUUUAAGUGAAUGAAUGAAAACAAACAGUUAUGAAAGCAAACAACAAAUAGAUAAAUUCAAUUGGCAUGUGCAAAACAUAAAAUAACUUAGUGGAACUUCUAUUAGUCUAUAUAGAAAUAAACUUGUAAGUUGUUACACAUUAAAAAAAAAUCUUUAUUUAUAUAAUUGUUUUAAUUAGAUUUGUUGGGUCCAAAUUUACACUCUUUGUUUGAGCAUAUAUAUUUCCGGUGAUAAAUAAAAAUAAUCCCACACUUCCAAACUAACAUUAAUUACAAACUUCAUUGUCCCCAAAUUUGAAGGUCUAAUUUGUUAUUUUUAUUGUUGAACAUUCCCCUACUGUGUUUUUCAUAUAAAAUUUGAAGCUCUUUGUAUAUUAUUUCAAAUCACUAUGUGAUUUGUUAUUGUUUUAUUUUGUCUUACUUAAUUGCUUCAUUAUAUGAUUUAAAUAUUUCUUCACAGACCAUUUUAAGUACGAUGAGCAUGCGUUCACAGUGGUACAUAUUUCAGUAUCAGACUUCGAUGUUGGAGUGGAGGGGUUGGUUAAAUUUUGGGUUAAUAAAAAAAAUAUUUAUUUUUUCCAAAUGACUGCCGAAAAUUUUAAAUGAAGGUUUCCAACAACAAAUAUGUUAUGGAUUCAUCUCAAAAGUUACCUGGGCAACAGAUAAGGAUCGUUUUAUCGUUUUUACGAUUUGUAUUUUACAGAAAAGGAAUUUAAAUAAAAAAUUGAUCGUACAAUAAAUGAUUACGAAAUCAGAAAACGAAUUGCAUUCGAUUCUUUGUCGUUUUAUUUUACCAAUUCCCUCCGUACUGUGUUUGAUUUGAAUUAGUAUAUUGUAACCUUUAGUGCGGUCGUAAUAUUAGUGACAAGUUUAUAUGAACACCGGUUCAGAACGGUGUAAACAUAAUAAAAAAAAUUCUUCUAUCGAAAAAAGUACACGAAAAUGUUGACAUCUUGUUCUAAACGCGGACGUGCUAAGCAAAUGUCAUUAGCGGCGUGCGCGCCUAAUAUGUUUCAAUUUGUAACACGAAACAAACCGUCGGGUAAAGACGUUGUAAAGAGUGUUUUAAAGCUAAAAAGGUGUCCUCUGAGAAUGAAACACAGGAAUGUUAAAAAACAGAACUCAUUAUCAUAUAUGGUUUGUCAAUAGAAAAUUAAAUGAAUUAAUUCAUAUAAACAAGCAAACAUUGAAAAUAUGAAUACAUAAUGUAAAUUUAGUAAAUUUAUUGCUAUAAGAAUUGCGACAAAUUGUCACAGCCAAAAAUUAAAGAGCUCAUCUCAUCCAGAAGUAAAGGUAAGUUUUUAAUCAACUGUAAAAAACUUUUUGACACAUUGCUUUGCGGGAAAAACUAAUUGUUUCAAAAAGCUAGCAGUGAAAACUAAUUGACAUGAAAUCUUAUCUGUUGCCCUGAGCUACUCAAAACAGUCCACCAGGGGUUAGGUGAGCAACAAAGGGUCUCAAGCCCUCUUGUCAUAUGUACUUUUUUUACAUUUUUCAUUUUCUAUAAGUUUUAUGACAUUUUAUAGGCAUACUACUUUCAAAAUAAGAUUUAGUAGAUUUAUUAAGAGGUGCUUACUUACAUGUAAAUAACUAUUUUAUCAUUUAUGGAUGAGACAAUUUUGCAAUUUGCUGUACUGCAUAAUAAUGUUUAUUUUAACCAUUAAUUUGUCAUCAUUAAUGAUGUAAACAUCAUAUUUGCAUUUGCUGUACAGAAUUUUAAUGUUUAUUAUGCCCCCGGAUCGAAAGAUCGGGGGUAUAUUGUUUUUGGCCUGUCUGUCAUUCAUUCAUUGUGGGUGUCCCAAAACUUUCACCUUGGUUAAAGUUUUGCAAUAACUUUUGCAAUAUUGAAGAUAGCAACUUGAUAUUUGGCAUGCAUGUGUAUCUCAUGGAGCUGCACAUUUUGAGUGGGGAAAGGUCAUCCUUCAAGGUCAAAGGUCAAAUAUAUGGCUUCAAAGCGGCGCAAUAGGGGGCAUUGUGUUUCUGACAAACACAUCUCUUGUUUUUUAAAUGCUCUUUAUCAUUAUUAAUUAUAUGCAAGUUAUUUUUUCAUUCGCAUUAUGUUUCUUUUUUAAAUAACUGUGUGAUUUUUAAUAAUGAUUUAGUCAUUAUUGCAUUUGCUGUGCAAAAUUAUCAUAUUUAUUUUAAUUGCCUACAAAGCUUUUCAUUUUGUACAAGGAAGCUAAUAGGCUUAAAGUUAUCAUUGAGACAAGAAAGAAGUUUUAAAAAGUACAGGAGACACAAUGUUUCCCAACACCUUUAGUUCUUUUUGAAGACAUGUUUUCUGCAGCUUACAUAGUUUUCAAUAGUUUUAUUUCAAUUCAAUAAAGAGUUGUGGUCUGAAAAAACUGGGCAUGAUGCAUGUGGGUCAAGUGUUGUCUCAGAUAAGCCUGGCAAGCUAAUCAGGGACGACACUUUCCGCUUUUAUGACAUUUUUCGUUUAAAUGAAAUCUCUUCUUAGCAAAAAUCCAAUUUAGGCGUUAAGUGUCGUCCCUGAUUAGCCUGUGUGGACUGCACAGGCUAAUCUGGGACGACACUUUACGCACAUGCAUUAUGCCCAAUUUUCUCAGAAUGCGACUCAUAUAUUAAUUUAAAAGCAAAUAAGUCAUUAUUUGGGCUGAAAAAUUCAAAGUAGAAACAAAUGGCCAUACUAUAAACAAUCUUGCCUUGUUAUUUGUUAUGUACUUUGUAUUUAUUCAAGAUUUUGUAUGAAUCUAUUACUUACGGGCCUCGCUCUGCGAAAACGGGGCUUAAAGGGAUCUUUUCAAGGUUUGGUAAAUUGACAAAAUUGAAAAAAGUUGUUUCAGAUUCGCAAAUUUUUGUUUUAGUUAUGAUAUUUGUGAGUAAACAGUAUUACUGAACAUUUACCAUAGUCCAAUAUAGCCGUUAUAUGUAUCUUUUGACGAUUUGAAAACCUAAAAAUUAUAAAGCGUUGCAACGCGAAACGAUUGAAUAAUUUGGAGACUUCUGUUGUUGUCGUUUAAAUUUACGAAACUACGAAGAUUGCUAAUAUAAGGUAUAAAAUACUUAAACUGUGUAUACCUGGCGGAAUAGCCGAGAGGGCUAAUGCGUUUUUACUUCAGACUAACUCCAGGACUCCGGGGGUCACUGGUUCGAGCCCUGGUACCGGCUACUUUUAUUUCCUUUUUUUAAUUUUAUUCUUGAUUUUUUACUGGAACUUUUAAGAUCCAAUGUUUACAUUAAUCAAUAUAAAGCAUUUAAUGACAAACUUCAAAAUAUGCCAAAAUCUGUGAAAAGGCGCCUUUAAUGCAUGUUUAUAAGUGUCAUCCAAAAUUAGCCUGUGCAGUCUGCACAUACUAAUCAGGUACGACACUUUCCGCUUGAAUGGAAUAUUUUGUUUGAAGGAAGUCUCCUAUAAACUUAUAUCCAGUAUAAGUUUUGUCCCUGAUUAGCCUAUAUGGACUGCACAGGCUAUUCUGGGAGGGUACUGUAUGUACAUGCAUUAAGCCAGGUUUUCUCUAUGCCAGGCUCGUAUAGUUUGUGGCUUUGUUUGGGGCUGCUACAUAGCUCUAGUCAGUGAUAUAUUUAGUUAGGAAUUGAUAACAUACCCGGUAAUCAUGUUAUGCUUACAAUUAAUAAGCAGAAUUUAUUUUUUUAUAAUAAAAGAAAUAAUUAUUUAGAUCUUGGUCCUUUCCUAAGUACCCAGAUUGUAUUUGUUGUAUCAUAGUAUAUGUAUACUUUACUUACUUAUUUUUCCUUUUGUUUUAACUGACAAGAGAAAAAUCUGUAAAAUUAACAAAUUAUUGUGAAAAUAAUUUGUUUCAAAGAUACACAUAAUUUGAAGUAGCAAUUAUGUUAUAUUAAUGUGAAUAUACUGUUGCCAAAAACACAAGCACAACAAAACAAUGUUGUUUUUUUCUUAUAUAAAUAUAUAUGUGUUUAUUGAAGUUUAAUUUUUAUUUUUUGAGUCUAUAAAGAAUAUAUAAUGUGUGAUGGUAGACGAUUCAGAUUACUUGAUAAUUUUGUUUAUAUUUCCCACUCUAUAAGGGAGUGAACUUAGGUUAUAAUCUUUUGUUUGAGGCACACCAAGUUUUCUCCCCUAGUCCCAAUUUGUGUAUAUGUUACAUAAAAACGCAAUGUUAUUUAUACAGAAUAAUUGGGAUACGUAUAUUUUAUUUUCGUUGUGUUGUGUUAAAUAAUACAGCAAUGUUUUUUUUAUAGUUUAUUUAAUUAAAUGAUUAAUUAUCUUGUGAUUUUCUAUUAUAUCUUAUGCAUGUUCCAUGUUUUUGUAAGGAGUAUUUGUCCUCUUAAAAUCUAAACACAUACUUACAUUUGAUUUAUAUUUUGCUUGCUUGAAGUAUGAUACUGUUCUUAUCUUUAAACAAAGGAAACUUAAUAAUGGACUGAACUUUAAAUGCAUUAAAUUUAAACAAUUGAAACUAAAAUAAUGGGCGAACUUUUGUUUGCAUCAAAUUUAAACAAUUGAAAAGUAAAGUAAUUGAUUAUACUUUUCAUAUUUUUUUUAAAUAAUAGAUUUCACCUCAAAAUCAACCUUGGACAGCUCAAAUCCGGAUUUCCGGAAUAAUCCGGAAAAUUGACACCCCUCUAAUCUAAGAUACUGAAGUCAUUUGUUAAUUUAUAAGAAUAUCUGUACAUAGUGUUCAGCAAUUGUGGUACAGAUGGUUGCUUUAUAGUUGGUUUAAAUAGAAAAAUGGAAUCUCUUUCUGAAAGAGCAUUUAAUUAUUGGUUGUUAUUGUUUAUGCCACUUUUUUCUUCAUAAAAUGAAUUGUUGUUUUUUGCUUACAUGUUAUACGCAUUAAUUUGUAAAAUAUUUAUCUCAGAUUUAUUGGUGUUCAAAAUAAAAGCAGAUAUAUUUUUUAAAGAUGAAACUAUUUUA